ACUUUAUGCCUUCUACUUUUUUUCCUUUAUUCUUUUCACAUCCUCUGUUUUUGCUCAUGAUUCAAAGAUCUGGGGUACCCUUAAAUGAAUUUUGACAUUCCCUUCAUCAGAAUCCUUGUUUUGGAUUUAAUUUGGACAUAUGUGGCCAUAUGUGGGAUGGUUUAGAUCACCUGUUUUCCAAUAUAUAAUAUGCUUUUGAAGUUUGUACUCAAGUUAGAUUUGCAUGAUGACAAGGAUAAGCAGAAGGCCUUGAAAACAGUUUCAACUCUUUCAGGAAUUGAUGCCAUCGCCAUGGAUAUGAAAGAGAAGAAAUUAACAGUGAUUGGAACAGUUGAUCCGGUAACUGUGGUGAGCAAAUUGCGCAAAAACUGGAAGGCAGACAUAGUAGCAGUUGGACCAGUGAAGGAGCCUGAGAAGAAAGAGGAUCCCAAGAAAGUAGAGGCAAAGAAAGAGGGAGAAAAGAAAGAGGAGGGAAAGAAGGAAGAAGGGAAGAAAGAAGAGAAGAAAGAGGAUGAGAAGAAGAAAGAUCCACCCCCAGUCCCAGAUCCUGUUUUGGAAUGGGUCAAGGCUUAUAGGGCAUAUAACCCCUACAUGACCACACACUACUAUGCUCCAAGCAUGGAAGAGAAUCCCAAUGCCUGUGUCAUUUGUUAAACCACAAAACUUUGAUUUAGUUUUAUGGGUAUUUUUGGUGUUAUUCUUCGAUUAGAAUUAUAGUUCAUCUUGAUAAUCUGCAUGUAAACAUUUAUAAUGUAGAUUACCGUGACAGAACUUUACUUCUGAUCGAAUAACAAUGUCAAAAGCAUCUAAAGAUAUCUAUGUAAGUUUUGUUCGGUGUUUAAUAGUAAGUUGUCCAAACACAAGGGAAGGACAUACUUUUUCAACAUGGUAAUGGAUUCAAUUCUUUCACUCCCAUAAGAGCCAUCAGCCAAAAGUAUAGGAACUCCUUGUAUAUAAUAUGGUGAUGUCUUGUUGAGUUAUUAUUGAGAUAUUUUCAAUGUGUAGAGAAGAAGGAAUAAAUUUUUUGGGAUGUAAGUUAAUCAUACUUUUAUUCUGUAAUAUAUAGUUGUUUUAUGAAUGCAUGUAUCAUACUUUUAUGCUU